AUGGCUCUUGCCGGGCUCCAGCGGCAGAGUUGGAGCCACGGGGGGGUACAGGAGGGGCCCCCUCGGCCCAGGUGCUGGGGGGGGGCGGCUCCCCCCGGGGACAUCCGUGUGCCGGCCCACUGUGGCGAGGUGUGUGACGCCAGAAGCGGAGCCGAGCCUCAUAUUUGGGCACGAAGCAGGUUAUUGGAGGCCGUGGCCCCGCAGCUGGGCGAUCCCCCGGCUGAUAAAAGCUCCCCUGGUGCUGCCACCUGCACCGGCUCCGGCGCUGCCGCUACAUCAUCCCCUGCCUGCGCUGGGGGCUCCGGGCAGCUGCGGCUGGUGGGGGGCGGCGGGCGCUGUGCCGGACGCGUGGAGGUGAAUCACGACGGUGAGUGGGGCUCCGCCUGCGUCUUCGACUUCGACUGGGAAGCCCGCUGGGCCACCGUGGUGUGCCGGCAGCUGGGCUGUGGCCGCGUGGCCUGGUCGUCCCCGUUCGCCCCGUUCGGGCAGGGCAGCGGCCGGAUCUGGCUCCAGCCCUACUUCUGCCGUGGCACCGAGGAGGUGCUGGAGGAGUGUCCGCACUUCGGAUGGGGCCAGCACCGCUGCGGCCACGAGCGGGACGUGGGGGUGAUCUGCACAGAGUCCAUGGAGCUGAGGCUGGUGGGCGGCGGUCCCUGCGCCGGGAGGGUGGAGGUGAAGCUGCGGGGACACUGGGGCUCAGUGGGAGAUCCCGACUGGUUCAUGGAGGACGCUGAGGUGGUGUGCCAACAGCUGGGCUGUGGCUCGGCUGCCGGCGCCUACUCUGCCCGCAACCGCUUUGGCACUGUAGCUGGGCCCCUCAACCUGGCCGUGGUGAACUGCAAGGGGGACGAGGCCACACUGUGGGACUGCAAGAUCCGCGGCUGGGGACCAUACAACGGUACCCAUGAGUUCGACACUGCUGUCAUCUGCCAAGGGUUUUCCCGGCUGGUUGGGGGUGACAGAGCCUGUGCCGGGCGGUUGGAGGUGCGGCAGCGCCAGGCCUGGGUUGGCGUCUGCGCGGAGCACGUGGACAUGAAGGUGGCCCAGGUGGUGUGCCGGGAGCUGGGCUGCGGCGCGGCGCUGGCCAUCCCCGGCAGCGGCCGGUUUGGGGCGGGAACGGGGCCGCUGUGGGAGGGGGGGUUCAACUGCAGCGGCACCGAGCCCCUCCUCAGCGCCUGCGGCCGGCGGGUGCCCCACGGCCAGGGCUGCGCUGGCCACGCCACCAUCAUCUGCUCCCCCUACACGGGCUUCCGGCUGGGGAACAGCAGCUCGGGCUGUGCUGGGCGGGUGGAGGUGGCGGUGAGGGGCACGUGGGGGUCCGUGUGCGCCACCGACUGGGACCUGCCCGAUGCCGACGUCCUGUGCCGCCACCUGGGCUGUGGCCACGCCGUCACCGUGCCCCCGGGAGGCUCCUUCGGCAGCGGGGACGGGCCGCUGAGGCCGGACGCCUUCGGCUGCAGCGGGAGCGAGCGGCACCCGGGCGAGUGCCCCGUGGCGGUGCUGGGGGAGCCCCCCUGCAGCCCGGGGAACGCCGCCGCUGUCAACUGCUCAGGCAUCGUCAAUUCCGUGCGGCUGGUGGAGGGUGAGAGCCGGUGCGACGGGUGGCUGGAGUUGGCCAUAAGCCCUGGGGUCUGGCGCCGUGUGCCAGGAGAGGUUUUGGCUGAACGGAAUUUCAGUGUGGUGUGUGGGAGGCUGGGCUGUGGUGGGCUGGACAGGAGCGAUGCUGUCGUUGGUACGGUCCCCGUAUGGAACAUGAGCGAUUCGGAGCAGAAAAUUACAAUAGAAGUGGUCCACACUCUCUGGAAGAUGACCAACCAGGAGAUGCCUGUCUGGCUAAACGACUUAAUAGUCUGGAACAUGACCACCGGGCCAACCGACAUCCCUCAUGGGGCAGCCAUCGUCUGCUCAGGCAGCCGGCGGGUGAGGCUGGCGGGCGGUGCCGGGCGCUGCGCCGGGCGCGUGGAGGUCUAUGCCGGUGGCACGUGGAGCAGCGUGUGCCAGGAGCGCUGGGACCUGCAGGCCGCCGCCGUUGUGUGCCGGGAGCUGGGCUGUGGUGCGGCGCUGGAGGCCCCCGGCUCGGCGCGCUUGGGCCCCGGGCCGGGCAGAGCGUGGCCGUACGUGGUUGAGUGCGCCGGGAGCGAGGAGUCUCUCUGGGAAUGCCCACGCUCGGAACGGCGCGAGUGCGAGCGCGGGGCCGGGGCCGGGGCCGUGUGCUCAGGCGCCGGCAGAGCCGUGGGUGCCAUCCCCGACGCCAUCUACCAGGAGCUGGACUACAGCGCGAUGCCGGAGUACCAGGAGGUGCCCAGUCGCCCAGGUUCCCCGCGGGAGGGCUCAGUGAAGAAGCUGCUGUAUUAUACCGGGGACAGCGUGGAGGGGAGUGACAGUGGGGCAGUCCCAGUCCCAGCCCCCCCUGCCCUGCCCGGGCACGGAACCCCAGAUGGCUACGACGAUGCCACAGCAGGAACCCUGGAUGGCUACGACGAUGCCACAGCAGGAACCUCGGAUGGCUACGAUGAUGCCACAGCUGGAACCCUGGAUGGCUACGACGAUGCCACGGCCGUGCCAGAGGAGUCCCCCACUCCCAGCACUGGGGACAUCUCUGAGGGAGUGGCACGGAGGGGCUGGAUCUGUGUCCCACCCACAGUUGUGCCCUCGCUGGGGCUCAGCUCAGGUCAGUGCCCCGCGGCUGGUGGAGUGUGGCGAGUUGUGCUUCCUGCCGGGCGGGAGCUGCCUUGGGAAGCUGCUCUGUACCCACGGCUGUGCCGAGCCCGGGAGCUUGGACAGCAGGAUGUCGAGUGCCACCGUGUCCCUGAGGUCACCCUUUCUCCUGCUGGGAGAGCACGAGGCAGAUGGAAAGGAUCCCCAGCCAUCUACAGGAACAAGGGACUUGUAUGACUCCAGCUUGCUUACAGCAGUUGUAGGAUGGACUUUCAGGGUACCAUUGGGAAUGUGCCAGCUCUCCUGCUGGAGUUUUUUUAUGCUGUAUUUGAACACAAAGAGUAAAACUAAAGUCAGGAGAAAAUCUGGACAGCAGGAAGGAAGAAAAGAAGCCCCGUGACUCCUCCCUGAGUCCCAGACAGCCCAGGAACUGCCUCCCUGGGAAUGGUGGGAUGGGCUGGACUCUGGAUUGCUCCCUCUGGAUGUGUGUGACAUGUAGCAUGAGAACUCCCCAGAACUGAGCCAAGGGAUUGAAAGGGAUGAACCAAGGGAGGUGAAGAAAGAAGGGAACUGAGGCAUCAGCCAAGCAGCACCAAGUUGCUGUGUAAGCAGGAGAAAAUCUGGACAGCAGGAAGGAAGAAGAGAAGCCCCGUGACUCCUCCCUGAACCCCAGACAGCCCCUGAACUGCCUCCCUGGGAAUGGUGGGACGGGCUGGACUCUGGAUUGCU